AUGGCGAGCUUCAAGGGCCUUGUCGGCGAGGGGAGCGCGGCGCUGCCGCACGUCCUCGCCGUGGACGACAGCUCGGUCGACCGCGCCGUCAUCUCCGGCAUCCUCCGGAGCUCCAAGUUCCGCGUGACCGCCGUGGACAGCGGGAAGAGGGCCCUGGAGCUUCUUGGCUCCGAGGCCAAUGUGAGCAUGAUAAUCACCGACUACUGGAUGCCGGAGAUGACGGGCUACGAGCUCCUCAAGAAGGUCAAGGGGUCGUCCAAGCUGAGGGAGAUCCCCGUGGUGAUCAUGUCCUCGGAGAACGUGCCUACAAGGAUCAACAGGUGCCUGGAGGAGGGAGCCGAGGAUUUCCUGCUGAAGCCCGUCCAGCCGUCCGACGUGUCGCGCCUCUGCAGCCGCGUCCUCCGCUGA